AUGUUCCCAUAUCAACUGGUUUAUGGGAAAGCUUGCCAUUUACCACUAGAAUUGGAACACAAAGCUCUCUGGGCCAUCAAGAUACUAAACUUUGACAGCAUUACUGCUGGUGCAAAGAGGAUCUUGCAGCUGCAAGAGAUAGAGGAAUUCAGGUCACAAGCCUAUGAGAAUACUAAGAUAUAUAAAGAGAAGGCAAAGAGGAGACAUGACCUGUAUCUUGCACCCAGGGAUUUUGAAAAGGGGCAGCAAGUACUCCUCUACAAUUCCAAAUUGAGACUGUUCCCAGGAAAACUCAAAUCGAGGUGGUCAGGGCCUUUCAUUGUCACUAAACUCUCACCAUAUGGACACAUCGAAAUCAUGGAUAAAAGAUCAGAGAGGACUUUUACAGUAAAUGGACAAAGACUCAAGCAUUAUCUGGGCAACAUGGGGGAAAACCCCAGAGUAAAAUAUCAUCUCAAGUGA